UAACUGUUGCGAUUGGAGCGACGUUUCAAUUAGGGACACCUGGUGCGACUACUGGUUUUAAAUUUCAAUUUUCUAUUAAACUUUCUAUAUUGGGUGAUAUGUCAUUUGUUGGCAGCGGUGGCUACAUCAUGCUUCCACCCGGUAGCGAGUUCAAUAUUGCUGCUGGUGGUGGAUUUUCUAGCAGUAUAUCAGUAAGUAUUCAAAUAUUCAAUCCAUUGACUGGUCUUGCUAUUGGUCCGUUACAAACCUUGGGUACACUUAUUAGUGGUGGAACGUUUACGCUAACUGUUAGUGCAAGUGGAAGCGUAGCAACGGGUGGCACAGCUGGUGGAUUAGGCUCCAUUACUUUUCUCGCUAAUGGAUCCGGUGAUCUCACUGAUGCAACUGUAUGGAGUGGUGGAGUUGCUCCAUCUGGCACGUUUUCUAUCUCCAUUCCAGCUGGUAUUACAAUUACUAUUUCGGGAGCCACAUUAAGUCUUAAAAUGGGGCGUUGCGAUGUAUCUGGUACAUUAGCCUUGGGCUCUGGGAGUGACACCUUCACAUUUACUUCCCCCCCAACUAUCAUCGUUCGAAGGGGCGGAAUACUUCUAGAUCAAACAACGAAGAAAGUUAUUCGGUUUCCCUUUAAUUCUAUCAUUGCAAUACUUAGUGGCGGAGGAUUCGGUGCUAUAGGAACCGUGCUUCAAAUAUUUCAAGGAGGAGUUGUUCGGGCCAGUUUUACAGUAACUUCGGCAUCUGGUCCAUUUACUUGUGGAAUGCUUGCUGAUGGUAGUAUUCAAACUUACAAUUCGGUGACAGCUAUUGCAGUCAUGAGUGGUGAUUUUACAGCAGCAGGAACAUUUCUUGGUGGUUUUGCACCUUCCGCAGACAUUUGUUCCGGUGGCUGUGGUAUACAGGUUAUCGGAGGCGUUACAUUAUCAACAGCAGGUCUCCAUGGCGUGUUAAAUUUUGAAAUCACUUCCAUAACUGUUGCGAUUGGAGCGACGUUUCAAUUAGGGACACCUGGUGCGACUACUGGUUUUAAAUUUCAAUUUUCUAUUAAACUUUCUAUAUUGGGUGAUAUGUCAUUUGUUGGCAGCGGUGG